AACCAAUCCAGUAAUUGGGGAAGAACCGCAGAAUUGCCCCGGAACGGAAGGUUGGAACCGUUGAAUACACUUUCUCACACGCUCACACACAAACACACACUCUCUCUCCUCAUGACGGCCCCCGCCGUGGGGGGCGCAGCUGCGACGGCUCUGCGGUCGGUGCUCCUUAGAGCCCGGCAAGCGGCAGAGCGGUCUGGACGCCGGUCUGAAGCGGUCCGAGUGGUGGCUGUCUCCAAAACCAAGCCCGUUUCUCUCAUCCGUGAACUGUACGACGCCGGUCACCGCUGUUUCGGUGAGAACUACGUUCAAGAGUUACUUCAGAAGGCACCGCAGUUACCCGAAGACAUAGAGUGGCAUUUUAUUGGGCAUUUGCAAAGCAACAAAGUUAAAUCUGUUAUGACUGCUGUCCCAAAUCUUGCAAUGGUUGAAGGUGUAGAUAAUGCAAAGAUAGCGGAUCAUCUGAAUCAGGUGGUUUCAAGCCUGGGUAGAAAGCCUUUGAAGGUUUUUGUCCAAGUAAAUACCAGCGGAGAAGCAUCAAAAUCUGGUGUUGAUCCAUCGGGCUGUGUGGAGCUUGCAAAACAUGUUCUGCUGGGUUGUCCAAGUCUCCAGUUUUCUGGCCUAAUGACAAUAGGGAUGCCAGACUAUUCAUCAACUCGGGAGAACUUUAAGGCACUGUCAAACUGUAGAAUUGAGGUCUGCAGGGUGCUCGGAAUGGCAGAGGAACAGUGUGAAUUGUCAAUGGGCAUGUCUGGUGACUUUGAGCUAGCGAUUGAAAUGGGCAGUACCAAUGUGAGAAUUGGAUCUACCAUAUUCGGACCGAGGGAGUACCCUAAGAAAUGAUAUGAUCACCAAUUUUAGGUUUCUAGAUCUUGCUUCAUGUAUACUCCAUGUUCAUGGAAUUUUAAAUCAAUUAUUGUUUCUUAUUUCUUUUUUCUUUGGGGCCAACAAGUUGUAUUCAAUAUAUUGUUGCUUAUUAGCUUUUUAAAAAUUCAAAUCAUAUAGAAUACCAUGUGCUUAAAAUGGGGAUUUGUUUAAUCUCGUAGGCUCUUGGUAUUGUUGUUGUUAUUAUGUAAAAAGAAAUGGAAAAAAAAAAUAAGAUGGUUCAUUGAAGUCGUAAA